GGAAGUUGGCAACCCUGUCAGUAAUGUUUGGGCUGUUGUCGUAGUGGGUUGUUGUCCUGGGAGAAUUGUUAACUGAUGGUGGUUAACUAACAUAAUAGAUUCAGAGGCGAGUGUUGGAACAAUGGCAGGUCAUCCUAGCAACAGUGGCAGGUCAUCCUAGCAACAGUGGCAGGUCAUCCUAGCAACAGUGGCUGGUCAUCCUAGCAACAGUGGCAGAUCAUCCUAGCAACAGUGGCUGGUCAUCCUAGCAACAGUGGCAGAUCAUCCUAGCAACAGUGGCUGGUCAUCCUAGCAACAGUGGCUGGUCAUCCUAGCAACAGUGGCUGGUCAUCCUAGCAACAGUGGCAGGCCAUAGUGAUAUAUAUUGUGGACCUGCUAACUAUACUACACCAAAAUGGGCGAUCAUGGAAUGCUGUUGCUCUCGUGGAACAGCCAUCAUGCCACGUUCUGUGAUAUUCUCUCAAGACUUCGUGGAAAGGCAAGCUUUACAGAUGUAACCUUGGCGUGUGAAGGAAAAUUCUACCCUUUACACAAAUUGGUUUUGUCCACAUGCAGCGAGUACCUUGAAAAAAUAUUUGAAAGUACACCUUGUAAACAUCCUGUAAUUGUUUUGCAAGAUAUUAAAUGUAGUGAACUGGAAGCUCUUAUAAACUAUAUGUAUGUGGGUGAGGUUAAUGUACCGCAGAGCUCCUUGACUUCACUAAUUAAGGCAGCUGAACUUCUACAAGUCAAAGGAUUAGCUGUACCUGAUACACCGCCCUCUACAAGUAAAAAGAAAUUGGGCGCUCACGAAGUCAGUGACGACCGAGUCAGUCCACAAGCUAAACGGAGGAAAUGUGAAGAGAACACUAGCAGUACAGGACAGAAGGGGCGACCGCCAGCCUCCAACAACUCCUCCCCAGACACAGCGCUACACCUCAAGGAGAGAAGACAAACACCAGUAUUAGAAAGUUCAAGAACACACUCCUCAGGUUCACACCAAGUUAGUGAGCAGCAGCAACAGCAUCAAUCCUCUGAAGAACCAUCUCUUGGACAUAUUGAGGAUGUGUUCGUUGAAACCGACAUCAAGGAAGAGUUGGUGGAGGACUUGGACGAUGGUAAUAACUUAAAUGCUUCGGUUCCCGCGCUGGACUACCAGAAUCAAAGUUCCUCAUAUAAGGCGGAAGAUGCCGGACCCGACUCGGAGGGGGACUGUGGCUUCUCAUUACCGUCCGACUACAACAAACAGCAGCCUCUUGAGCACCAGAACAUACUCUCUCACUCAACCAAUGUACCUGAUCUCCCAGUCAACUCUUCAGAAAUACAAGGGUGGAUGACGGAGGGUCGCCUGGAUGGGGAGCUGUCAGUGGUGGAAGGCUACAGCGGGGCGGGGAUCCUCGACACAUCCUCUCCCAUGAUCACCCAGCAGCACGGAGCACCUUUACAUGAGCAGCAGAUGGUGAAGCUGAACACUAAUGGCCAGGGGAAUGGAGGUGAAGAGAAGAAGAAUGGCACGUCCGCACGCAAGAAACACGAAUGCCCCGAUUGUCCCUAUGUCACUACUCAACCCUCUCUCUUGAUCAGGCACAUUAUAAACCAUAGCGGAGAGGGAAUGUACUUUUGCGCGCAGUGUGCUUAUCAGGCUAUGAGUGAGAAUGAUCUAAAUGUGCACCAGCAGACUCACAAUGCCUAUAAGCCUCACUGUUGUCCUCACUGCCAGUACCGUUCAGCAAAAAAAUACAACCUGCAGAUCCACAUUCGUUCUCACACCGGGGAGAAGCCAUUUUCCUGUCCACAUUGUCCAUUCAGAUCAACCAACAGAAGUGAUCUUCGAAGACAUGUCUAUACACACAGGAUGUAGGACUGUUGGCUUUAUACAUAUUAGAUUGAUUUAUGUUAGGUUUUCUACAAUACAAACGAGGCACUGUACUGUACUGUAAGAUGCUGUUGGUAUAGCUUGAACUUGUUUUACUUGCACAUGAUUUUUAUAAACUCUCCCGUGUAUUGGAAUCAUUGCCAGGUGUUCCGGUCAUUAGUACACUUUAGGAAUUUGCAGCCGAGACGUAUGUUAUCAAGCUCCUUCAUUUUCGAUAUUAAAAUCAUGUGCAUUGAAGUAAUGGUUAUGGGUGUGGGAUGUAUUCAGGCAUUUUUAUUAAUUUUUUGUGCUCAUGUCACAAAGUAUGUUUUUUGUUUGUUUGUUUUUAGUGGGGAAGACCAGGGAGGGAGUGUACAGUAUACCAGAAUAUUGAUGAGAUUUUAGAUUUUUUUAGUGUCUUCUUGAUUGUUGAGAGUGUUGUGUUGCCUCAGCACUGUUCUUGAUUCCAUAUCUUGGGCUGGCAGACCAUUCCAUAGGUCUGGCUCCCUCUGUAUGAAAAAGCAUUAUCUUGUAGUACUCUGUAUUGUACAGUAUUUGUAAAUCGUUGAUAAUAUCAGUACAGUAUGGGGAUAUGUCUUGUACAGGUUUGUCAUACUGUCAGAAUCGUGGCUGAAGGAUUCCUCUUGAGUACUUGUAGAUAUAAUUUAUGAAACUUACAAUGAAUAUGUGUCAUCACUUGUCAGAUGUAAAUCACCAAAUUCAGUUAUUUAUCUCAAAGGUCAAGGUCAUUGCUGGAGGUCAAAGUUAAAGAGUUUGAAGACUACUUGUUGUCCCUCUCCUGAAGGUCAAGGCAAUCUGGUGUCAGAGGUCAAAAGUAGGUCAUUCUUGUGUUUGGAAAGCAUUCAUCAGUUGUAUUGAUUUUUUUGUUACGAAAGGAAUUGACAGUUUAUCUCAUUUCACAUGGUUCAGUCUUUCUGUUGUCACAUCUACCCCAUAAUCCCAUCUUCUUUCAGCUAACAGUAAACAUAUUUUCUCCUUUCACAGUUUCAAAAUUUACUCCUAUAAAGGUGUUGGAAAAUAAAUUACUGUAGAAUCAUUAAAUUCAUUAUUGUACAUAAGUAUUUCAAUAAAAAAUAGUCGCAUUA